AUGUAUUGCCUCACAGUUCUGGAGGCUGCAAAGUCCGAUAUCAAGGUCGAUCCUGAUCCUCCUCUCCAUGCAGAAUUGUGCUUCCUCUCUUGGUUCUUCAACAACCUGCUGUCCCAUGACAAGCACUACUUGGUCACCUGGUACAUAUCCUGGAGCCCAUGCUGGGCCCAGGUGAACGUCAUGUCCUUCCAAGAAUUUCAAAGCUGCUGGGGAGAGUUUGUGUACAACCAGGGAAUGCCCUUCAGGCCUUGGAAGAAAGUGACGACAACUUUUCACUUCCUGAACUCCAUGCUGGGGGACAUUCUCAGGGGCUUGGAUGAAGACACAUUCACUUACAACUUUAUAAAUGACCCUUUGGUCUCUGGGCGGCACCAGACCUACCUGUGCUACAAGGUGGACCUCCUGAAUGGUGACACAUGUAUCCGACCUGGCUGCCUGCGUAACCAGGGUGGUUAUGAGCCCAGGCUACGCCGCCAUGCAGAGCUGUGCUUCCUGGACCUGCUGAAUUCCUGGCAGCUGGACCCCGCCCUGCGCUACAGGGUCACCUGGUUCAUCUCCUGGAGUCCCUGCUGCAACUGUGCCCAAGAAGUGGCUGCAUUUUUGGGUUGGAACAGCCACGUGCAGCUGCGCAUCUUCGCUGCCCGCAUCUAUGACUGGCUCCCAGGAUACGAGCAGGGGCUGCGCACACUGCAGGGGGCUGGGGCGCAGAUCGGCAUCAUGAACUUCGAGGGGUUUAGGCACUGCUGGGACACCUUUGUGGACCACCAGGGAAGGCCCUUUCAGCCAUGGCGUGGGCUGGAUGAACACAGUCAAGCCCUGUGGAGGAGGCUGCGGGACAUUCUCCAGUUACUCCCUUUACUGAAGUCUUGA